ACUCGCCCCAUCACAAUGGUACACGCUUGCCCGUACAACACGUUAUCAAUGACUAUCUUAUCAAGUCUUAUGGUUGGCAGGUACACCUCGUUGUACACCCGCCCUGUUAGUUUGUCCACACUGCGUGUUGCUAUAGUUGUGUAUGUGUGUAUAUCCACACGGUGUACUGCUUUUGUGAUUCACUGUGCCACACGGUGUGCUGCUUUCGUGAAGCUUGACAGAACGCUGGUCAGAAGAACUGUAAAGACGGAGGGAAGAGGAUCACAAAACACAGGUCACGACAUGGCAGAUGUCCACAGAAAAUUUAUAAGGAGCGCCCGUCAGGGUGACCUGAGUGGGGUGAGGGAGGCACUGAAUAAGGGCGUGGGCGUGGUCCAGGUGAAUGGCUUGGACCAGGAGGCUUCAGGGCGUGGGCGUGUGGCCCUCCAACACGCCAGUGAGGGCGGUCACCUGCCUGUUGUAAACCUCCUGCUCCAAGCAGGUGCUGACCUUCAUAUACGCAGCAAGAAGCCUGGAGACCAAGGAGGAACAGCACUUCACUUGGCAGCAGAGGCUGGGCACACACACGUCAUGGAGGCUCUACUGAUGAACCACGCUGAUCCGGAGGCCCUUGAUGACAAAGGCAGACGGCCGGCGCACUGGGCAGCUUACACAGGUCAGCUGAAGUCCCUGGAGGUGCUGAAGGAUUACAAGUGUGACCUCCACUCCCUGGACAACGAGGGGUCAUCGGUGUUGCACCUGGCUGCCGCUUACGGUGACUUGGAGGUGGUCAAGUGGCUGGUACAUAACAAGGUGAGCUACGACCUCAGGGACCACAGGAACCGCCUGCCGAAGGAUGUGGCCCGAGUUCUGGGACUGAGUGAUGUUCAUCACUUCCUGAAGCAGUGCGCCACCACCAAGGUUAACAUGUCUUGGGGACGAGCCAAGAGGACCUCCAGUCUCUACUCUGAAGAAGACACCACUCAAGACACUGUGGAUAACUCACAAGGAGACAACAGCCUUGAAACCAGCAUAGAGGAAGAAGAGGAAGUGGAGAGGGCUAGAAGGAUGAGUGAUGAAGAGGAACAGGCAUGGUGGAAAAGGAAGAAGGAGGACGAGGUCAAGAAAAAAGAAAAGGCGGAAGAGGAGGCCAGAAGGAAGAGAGAUGAAAAGGAGAAGGAAGCUAGAAGAAAGAGAGAGGAAGAAGAGGAGAUGGACAGAAAGCAAAGACGAGCAGAAGAGGAGGAGGUUAGAAGGAUGAGAAAGGAGGAAGAAGAGAAGGCUAUGAUGCAGAGGCGGGCAGAAGAAGAGGAGGCUAGAAGGAUGAGAAAGGAGGAAGAAGAGAAGGCUAUGAAACAGAGGCGGGCAGAAGAAGAGGAGGCUAUGAAACAGAGACGGGCAGAAGAGGAAGAGGCUAGGAGGAAGCGACAAGCGGAAGAGGAAGAUGACAGGAGGAAGCGACAAGCGGAAGAGGAGGAGGCUAGGAGGGAAAGGAGGCAAGAGAUAGAGGCCAAAGAGAGGGCUCUUUCAUCUCUACGAGAGGAGGUGGAGCAGCAGCUUCAGAAGCUCGAGUCUGAGCGUCUCCUUGUAACAGCCGGCCAGCAGAAGCUUCAGCAGUUGCUUGAACAGGACCUGAGCGGUGAUCAGACCACCUCUGCACUGAAGCAGCAGCUGACUCAGGUCACCCAGGAACUGACGAACUUCAAAAGGCAAAAUCUCGACAGUCAGAAGGAACUAGAGGAGAUGGAAAGCGAGAUGCUGGAACGAGAAGAGGCUCAGAAAGAGACCAUCAAAGCGCUCAACAGAAGACUGGAGGAAGCUUCCCUCAACCUGACUGAACACCAGCAAGCCUUGGCCCUCUGUCAGUCUCAGCUUCGUGAGAGAGAGAAGGAGUUGAGGAUGGAGCAGCAGAAGGUGGCUCUUCUUGAGGAGGAGGUGGAGGAGGAGGAGCAGAAGGUAGUUCAUCUAGAGAAUGAAGUGAAGGUGGAACAGGAGAAGGUGGCCCUUCUGGAAGAAGAAGUAGAGGAGUAUCAGCAGAAGCUGGACCGUCUGGAGAAGGUGGAAAGUGGAAAUCGCAGGCAGGAUGCCCAAACUCACUCCAAAAUCACUGCUCUGCACUCACAGAUCCAGCACCAGGAAGAGAGAAUACAGGAACUAUUGAUAAAUGAGAAACAGAUUAAGCAAACCAACGAUGACGUAAAUAAGAAAAUCAUUCAUUUAUAUGAGAAAACUGAAGAAUAUAAAGAAAUAGUCUGCAAUCUUCAGGGAGAUCUGGUUAACAAGGAGAAGGAGCUUGAGGAGAAAGAGGUUGCACAUCACCUGACAGUGGCCAGCCUCAAUGCUGAAAUUAAUUCUCUGGAGGAGAGAGUCAGCCACCUCCAGGAACAACGGGAGAAGCUGCAAGUGUUGCAAGAGCAGGACAAGACAAACAGACAGACCAUCGCUACUCUUACCCAACAAUUGAACCUUGUUGCUCGCAGGCAAGACGAGGAUAAUAACAAAGUUCUGAAUGAUCAGAACGAACUGAAGGAGAGAAUGAGAGAACUACUGGAACAGGAGAAACUCACCAAGAAGAACAUGGAAGAACUUAAGAACAGUAUCUACCACAUGUCUCUCACACUCGCAGAACAGGAGAACGAUAUACAAACUUAUAAGGUGAGGUUACUCGACAAGGAGAGAGACUUGGAAGAAGCACAAACUUUACAUCAACACACUGAGAACACUCACAAGGAGCACACCCAGGGUCUCACAAGAACACUUGAGGAAGUGCAGCUCCAGCUCAGAGAACAGCUGGAGAAGAACAAGAACAUCAUGGAAGACCAUGAAAGAAGCAUGCAGUUCAUGUCAGACAAACUCAAAAUACAUGAAGAGGCAAUUGAAACUUAUAAGAGAAGGUUGAGUGAGAGAGAGAGGGAGGUAGAGGAGGGAGAAGAGGAGAGACACAAGAGGAUUGCUGCUCUGAGGAAAGAGGUGGAGAGUCUGUCACAAAAACUGGAUGAAGAAAGACUCACAAUAUCCACUCUCAAGAGUGAGCAGCAGGAGAGAGAGAGACAGCUGCUAGAACAGGAGAGACUGAGCAAGAAGAACAUAGAAGAACUUAACAAGAACAUUGAGCAGCUGUCUGACAAGCUCAGUGAACAAGACGCCACUGUUGAGGCCUUACAGGAAGAGUUGGACAGCAGGGAGAGAGAGGUGCAGGAGAGGCAGGGAGAACACCAGCAGGCUGUGACAGCCCUCACGGAGGAAGUGAAAGUUCUGGAGCAGAAGUUGGACCACCUCCAGAGGCAGCAGGAGGAGAGGCAGGAGGAGGCGAGGCAGCAGCAACACACACACGAAGCUCUCAUCACUGACCUCAACGACAAACUGGAGGAGAGUUGCCGGAGGCUGCACGAGGCUCAGAACAACAUCUCCUCAUAUCAGAUUCAGCUGAGGAACAAGGACAAGCAGCUGGAGCAACGGGAGAAGGCCAGCCAGCAGACCGUCGAUCUGUUGAAGGAGAAAGUGGAGAGCCUCUCACACUUGUUGGAGGAGGAGGCAAAGAAAGUGAAAGCCGCUAAGGUGUUGGAGGAGGAGUUGGGACGACUGCAGGACCAAAAUACUGCCGACACAAAGACCAUCUCCAUCCUGAGGGAACAACUCAUUCAGCUGACUCGUAUGAUGAAUGAGGAGAAAGACAAGUCUCAGGACCUCCAGAAGAAGAAAGAAAAGAGGAUCGAGGAGUUAGUGAAACAAGGUGAGACCUUCAAGAAGAUCAUCAACGACCUUAACAAUAACGCAGAAGCCAAGAAUCACAAGAUGAGAGAGUACGAACAGAUUAUCUCAUCGGAUCAGCUACAACUGAGAGAGGCCAGAAGACAGCUGGAGGAACACAAAGCCUCGAUGACCCAGCACACAGUGGCUCAACUGAACGAGAAACUCAACCUUCUAUCACGGAACCUCAUCAGUGUGCAGGAGAGCGAGAGGGAGCUGAAAGAACAGCACAAAGUCAACCUGAUGAACAUAGACGACCUGACCAACAAGCUGAAGGAAUACGAAAAGUUGCUUCGAUCCUACAAGGUGAAGGAGAUUGAACUUCUUGAACAGGACGAUGUUCACAGAACCAACAUCGCUGAGAUGAACAAGAAGCUGAGAGAACAAGAACAGACCAUCCGCUUGUACCAGACGCAGCUUCAAGAAGCGUCACGGAGACCACAGGAAGCAAGGGAGGAGGAGACCAGUGUCCAGCAGGUGGUCUCCAGACCACAGGAGACCUCAGCCGUCCAGAGGGACCAUUCUGGGCCACACUGGAGGUCAGGGGUCAGUCUGAGGGUGGCGUCACCAUCAGGUCUGCCCAACCUUGGCAACACUUGCUACAUCAAUGUUAUUGUUCAGUGUCUCUUCAACAUCAACAGCCUCAGAGAUUACUGCAUAAGAGACUCAUACAGGAGAGACAUCAACCAGAGCAGCGAGCAGAGGGGAGAGGUUGUCUCUGCUGUGGCUCAGCUCUUCAAGGCUCUGCACUCAGGCCUUGAGAAGGACGUGAAAGAUAAAGUACAGCUUUUAAAGCAUGUUAUUGGUGCCCACGGUGACCAGUACCGCGGGACACAACACCGGGACGCCCACGACCUGCUCGCUGACCUCCUCAGAUGGCUGCACAACGACCUGGUGAAUGCUGCUGGGUCUUCCCUCGUCUCACGUCGCCUGCGGGGAGAGAACAAUGUGGUCACCGUCUGUGAGAGGUGCGGGAAGGAGGUGUCACGGGCCACAGACAUCUUCACUAUACUAAGUCUUCCCGUCGCCCCCAGCAGGAUGUGCUCACUCCAGGACCUGAUUAGGACAUUCUACCGACGCCAGAAAGUGGACAGGGAGUGUUCACAGUGUAGACGACUCAACACCUGCCACAGAGACAAGUUCAUCACUCUACUCCCACCUGUCCUCAUUAUACACCUCAGGAGGUACAGCAGCGCUGACGAGAGGGAGAGAAGAACCUGGGUCACCUUCCCUGCUGACGGUCUCUCUCUGCAGGACCACACACACGCCAACUACCACAGUCCAACAUACGAGUUGUUUGCCGUGGUGAACCACGAGGGCCCCAUCAGCAGUGGUCACUACACCACCUUCUGCAGGAACCAGCACGGCAAGACCUGGCGUCUCUACGACGACCUCCGUGUGAGCGAGACCGACCUCGAGACCGUCCUCGAGGAGAGCCAAGCACAGAUACUCUUUUACACUGAGAUGAAGCAGAGCGUCAGGAUAUAACAUGGGAGUCUGUGCAGUGUGAAGUCAGGAUGUAACAUGGGAGUUUGUGCAGUGUGAAGUCAGGAUGUAACAUGGGAGUCUGUGCAGUGUGAAGUCAAGAUGUAACAUGGGAGUUUGUGCAGUGUGAAGUCAGGAUGUAACAUGGGAGUCUGUGCAGUGUGAAGUCAGGAUAUAACAUGGGAGUUUGUGCAGUGUGAAGUCAGGAUGUAACAUGGGAGUCUGUGCAGUGUGAGUCAGGAUAUGGUAUGGUGGUGUGCGUAGUGUGAGACCAGGGUCGGUAGGGGAGGUAGACAAUAUGGGGGACUGCCUGUGUCUUCCCCGCUCUCACACACACAUACACACACACACAUCGUGCAAAAUUUUUUUAGUAGCACAGUGUUUACACUUUCAUUUUUCUCUCUGGGAUGUACCAUGCAUUGUCUAUAGUGGUGUGUUAUGUAUAGUAGUGUGUUGUGUAUAGUGUCGUUUUGUAUACAGUGAUGUGUUGUAUAGUGGACCCCAAUUGAAUUAAGUCACUAUACAUAUGCUGCUAGGUAUGAUAAUUGUAUUUAUGUGUACCUGUACCUGAAUAAACUUGCUUAUAAGGGAGAGUGGACAACUCUGACAAGGUCAGCUAGGACUCCCUCUCUUUGUCACCUUCCACGAGGCCGUGAGACUGCCAGCCACAUUUGGGUCUACGCUGUCCUCCACUAUGAAUCACCAUGGAAUGUGCCUUUACCCUACAUGGGUCGUUACCCGUCCAGCUUAAGUUUACCGGACAGAUGGAGGGAUGGCAGAGGAUGUUGCAACUAGCCAGCCACAAAGCCAGGGAAACAGUGCAUCUAACAAUGAGAGAAGAGGCACAUGUCAGGUGUCUCUGGAGCAUAUCGGACCCUCGGUAGGAGUGGCCUUAUCCGUGUGAACAAUGGGUGUGCUGGGUCGCAUAUGCUUCCUGCAGAGAGCACUCCACAGCCUCCACAGGCAGGGGAGAACUCCAGUGGCAACGUCUUCAGUUGCGAUGAUCUGAUGGCAUUCAAAGCCAGUGCUGACAGUACUCUAUCUCAUAUUUUUAUAGCUGCUCGCCCUUUGCUGCAGGGAAAUUCACUGACCUUCUAAAGCAGGUAAAUGGAGGGUCCACUGACUUAGAAGCCCAAGGCACAAUUAAGAUUUUAACUUGCCUUAUGUAUCUUAAUUUUUUCUCGACCAUGGACCUGCUUGAUUAACUUCCUCAGCCUCUUGAAAAUCAAUUGGAUGGUUAAAAUCUCUCACAUAAAUAAACAGAGCAUUAGCCACUUGACCAGCUCUAAUACUAUAUUUAUAUUGUUGUAAUCUUAGUUCAGACUUUUCCCAGUUUGACCGUAAUAAACUUGAUCACAUUUUUUACAAGGAAUGUUGUAGACACCCUUCAGUAUUUUUGAGGGAUUUUUUUUAUCAAUUUUUUUUACUGUAUCAAGAUUUUUAAAUACCACUCUGAUAUAAAAAUUCUUAAGGAGAGAAGGUAUAUCAAGAAUUAAGAAUUUUAAUAUCAAAGUUGUAUUUAAAACCUUGGUAAGUCUUGUGUACCAUAUUAAGUAAUAAAAUAUACCUAUUUAAAAAAAGGAAUGGAUGGUAAGGGAAAUGGAAUACUUGAAUGGCUUCAGGAAGAAAUCCAAAUAUUUUCCCAAAAUUGCCCAAAUAGAUGUUUUGGCGUUUUUGGAUAGUUUUACUGCUAAAGGCCUUGGAUGGCUUGUUGUUGAGGGAACGAUGAACAGUGACAAAUAAAAGGAAAUUUCGGCAACUCAUUUGCUUCCCAUUGUUGAUAAGGACUUUCCUGGUGGAGAAGACAUUUUCCAGCAGAAUCUUGCUCCAUGCCACACUUCCUUCUAGAAAAAUGCUGACAUUCUUCGAAAGAGUGGGGCUAAGUGUUCUAAAUUUGACUGGAAACUCUCCUGACCUCAAUUCAACUGAGAAUCUAUGGGCAAUAACUCAACACAGGAUAGCAAAACAGGACUGUUCGUCUGUGGAGAAGCUAAUUACUGCUGUUAUUAGGACCUGGUACCACCACGAAGAACUUUCCCAACUGUGUUAAAUUUGGGUGGAUUCUAUGCCGCAGCGUGUAGCAGUGAUUAUAAAAGUAAAGAAUAGUCAUCUUUCUUAUUAAAUUCAUUAUCUGCCAUAUAAUUGCCUUGUAAUUUCUCAAAUAAACAUUAAUUUUC